GGAAUGAAGGCGGCCUUCGUUCUGCAGCGGUUCCACGUCUGGAGUGAAUCAGGCUUUUAGUUUAUAGAUCAAUCAAUCAAUAUACACAUAUAUCUAUCUAUAUAUAUAUUUUAUUAAUUUGGACAUAUUAAUGGGUGUGACCUUGAUUGAUUGACUGAACCCAACAAAACAUAUAAAGUUAUAUUUUUUUUUGUUACCAGUUUUAGUAUUUUUUUAUGGUUUGUGAGUUAAAAUUUUAUAAUUACUAUUCCACUUUAAAUUUGUAAUGUUUCGUAUUAAUGACGCUAAGGUUCAAGUAAUAUUGUGCCGUUUUUGACGGUCCCUGAAGGCACCAUCAGGUUUUAGUCUGACGUCAACAGGAAGCGGGUAGAAAGGGGCGGAGCCCUACAAAAGAUGGCGUUCCUGCGGUGUAAACGGGACCCGUGCGGCGUAAUUUGCCUUAUUUUAACUUAUUUCAGCGUGUUUUACGCAGACUACGUGGUGAUCCAGUAUGUCCUCAUCCCCACCUACUCCGACAGCGUGUGGUGCACCCUCCACGGCUCCUUCUUUAACCUGAUUCUGCUGCUGCUGCUGGCCUGCCACUCCAAAGCCGUCUUCUCAGAUCCCGGCAUGGUGCCUCUGCCUGAAACGGCCAUCGACUUCUCGGACCUGCGCUCCCAGUCGACUCGGAUCAAUGAGCGGGGCUGUGAGGGCUGGACGGUCUGCAGCCGCUGUGAAACCUACAGACCUCCCAGAGCGCACCACUGCCGCGUCUGCCAGAGGUGCAUCCGCCGCAUGGACCAUCACUGCCCCUGGAUCAAUAAUUGUGUCGGGGAACUAAACCAGAAGUAUUUCAUCCAGUUCCUUUUCUACACUGGCAUGGCCAGCCUGUACUCCAUGGUGCUGGUGGUUUGGGCGUGGGUGUGGAGGAUACGCAACGAGAGAGAAGGCGGUGCAGAAAAAGAAGGAGAGGAGACGCCCAGCAAACACCUGAUAGUAGCUCAUUACAUCAUCCUCCUGGUGGAGUCCGUGUUGUUCGGAGUCUUCGUCAUGGUCAUCUUCUACGAUCAGCUGGUCUCCAUCAUCACCGACGAGACUCCCAUAGAGCAGAUGAAGAACAGGUUGAUGAUCAAGGACAGGAACUCUUCAUCUUCAUCCUCCCUGUCCUCGCCGCAGUCCCACCACCCCCCACACACCCGCAAACCCAAACUGGCGCUCCUGCGGGAGGUCUUCGGUCGAGGUUCAGUUUUCUGCUGGCUGCUUCCGCUCCACCACAGCCCUCCGUCUGUUGGAGGAAUCAGCUACUCCGCCCUGCCCAACUACGACGUCUGAGCUCCAGGCCGUGGAGCAGUGUCUUAUCUUCAAUCAGAGGGAAGAGUGAAGCAAAUGGUGACGGAGGAGAGAGAGUGUGUUUAUGGACGAGUGAAUGACUCUGAUGUCAGACUCACCGGGAAAAGCUCGCCGACGGUCCUGAUCUGUACUAACCAGCAGCUCCUUUGGUAUUUGCAGCUCACUGGAAUUUGACUGAUUCGUUCUCCAAGAGUUUUUAUAAAAACGGUUUUAGACUUGAAUGUAAAAAAAAAGACGAUUCUAAAGUAAUCUGUCAAAAUACCUCAUAAAGACGCACAUCGGUUAACAUAAUAAAAGAUAUACCACUUGAA